AUCAUUGUAACAAAUACUAAAAUUCUAAAAAUACUGAAAUAUGGAAGAGAGCAUGUCAGGCUUUUGCAUGAGAUCAUCUGGAAGUAAAAGUGGGAGCAGCAGUGGCACAAAGUGUGGACGUUGGAAUCCAACAACAGAACAAGUUAAACUUCUGACUGAACUUUUCAGAGCAGGGCUCAGAACUCCAAGCACUGAUCAAAUUCAAAAAAUAUCCAAUCAACUUAGUUUUUAUGGUAAGAUUGAGAGCAAGAAUGUGUUCUAUUGGUUUCAAAAUCAUAAAGCUCGGGAAAGACAAAAACGUAGGAAGGUUUCUUUUGAUGAUGACAAGGAUGUCUUCAUUCAUAGAGAUCACAACUCUAUCAAUGCUUCAACACAAAGGUUUGUUGAGAUGUACUCAGAGCCUGAUAGGGUGAUUGAGACUCUUGAGCUUUUUCCAUUGAACUCAUUUGGUGAAUCAGAACCAUCAGAGAAGCUGAAUAUGCAUAUAAAUGAAUGCAUGGAAAAUAAUACAAUGUUUGCAUACACAUGUACAAUGGGAGAACAAAUGGAGCAUCCACCAUUAGACUUGCGGUUGAGCUUUGUGUAAAAGAGACUCAAAUCACUUUUUUGAUUAUAUUACUGAAAAAUGUUUAGGACUAUCAUGGAUGUAGCUUUAAAAUUAAUAUUUACCUAGUGAUUAGCCUCUCAUUAACGGAAAUGUUAUAAUUAAAUGCCUUGAUAUUUGACUACGAAUCAUAGCUGAACCGACAGAAAUGUCGA